UGGCGACGGCGACGACGACGAUGAAAAUGCUCUCGAGCCAUUCGCGCGCGCGGGAGGCGCGGACGCGGUUGAGCGAACGACGCAUCGCGCGCGGGCGGGACGCGCGGGCGCGGGUCGUGACGCGAAUGGAUGCGUCGGCGGCGGAAGCGCCGAUGCGGUCGCCGAACGCGAUCGCGAAUACGAAAACCGUGGCGGCGGUCAUCUUGGGCGGCGGCGCCGGGACGCGACUGUAUCCGCUCACGAAGUCCCGAGCGAAACCGGCGGUGCCGAUCGGUGGGGCGUACAGAUUGAUCGAUGUGCCGAUGAGUAACUGCUUGAACUCGGGGAUCUCAAAGGUGUACAUUUUGACGCAGUUUAACAGCGCGUCGCUCAACCGACACUUGGCGCGGACGUACAACUUUGGAAACGGCAUCAUGUACGGCGGGAACGGUUUCGUGGAGGUUCUCGCGGCGACGCAAACCCCGGGACAGGGAGGGAAGGAGUGGUUCCAAGGAACCGCCGACGCCGUUCGUCAGUACUCGUGGUUGUUCAACGACGUGAAGAAUAAGGAUGUCGAGGACAUCGUCAUCUUGGCGGGGGACCACUUGUACCGCAUGGAUUACAUGAAAUUCGUCGAGGCGCACCGGGAGUCCAACGCCGACAUCUCCGUCGGUACGUUACCGAUCGACGAAGCGCGCGCUUCGGAUUUUGGGUUGAUGAAGAUCGAUUCCACCGGUCGCAUCGUUGAGUUCACCGAAAAGCCCAAGGGCGACGCGCUGCAGGCGAUGAAGGUUGACACGACGGUGCUCGGUUUAACCGCGGAUGAGGCAAAGGAAAAGCCCUUCAUCGCCUCCAUGGGGAUCUACGUCUUCAAGAAGAGCGCGCUGGUGAAGUUUUUGGAAAAGGAUUACCCCGAAGAUAACGACUUCGGCGGUGAAAUCAUCCCCAGAGCCGCGGCGGACGGCGCCAAGGUGCAGGCGUACUUGUUCAACGAUUACUGGGAGGACAUCGGAACCAUGAAGAGCUUCUUCGAGGCCAACUUAAACUUGGCGAAGGAUCCGCCGAACUUUGAGUUCUACAACGCCGAAGCGCCGAUCUACACCUCGCCGCGGUUUUUGCCCCCGGCCAAGGUGGAGCGGUGCCACGUGAAGGAGUCCAUCAUCUCCCACGGCGCGUCCCUGGCGGAUUGCCAAGUCGAGGAGUCCAUCAUCGGCUUGCGUUCAGUCGUAAACAAGGGAUGUAGGAUCAAGCGCGCGAUGAUCAUCGGCGCCGAUUUCUACGAGAGCGAUGAGAAGAAGGCGAGUCUGCUCGCCUCGGGUGAGGUUCCGGUGGGCAUUGGCGAGGGAACGAUCAUUGAAAACGCCAUCAUCGACAAGAACGCGCGCGUGGGGAAAAACUGCGUCAUCACCAACGCCGCCGGCGUGGAAGAUCUCGCGGAUGAAGAAAGAGGGGUCUUCAUUCGUAACGGUAUCAUCACCAUUCUCAGAAACUGCACCAUUCCGGACGGCACCAUCAUCUAA